AUGUGUGGUGGAGCGUCCCUCGCGGACGUCAAGGUUCCCACGGUGACGCGGAAAGUGACGAAGGCGGCUCUAUGUCCCAAGAAGAAGAAGCCCCGGCAUGGCAGCAACGGGGGCCGAUGCUUCACAGGGCUUGGUGGGCGCAUGGGACCCGACGUGGACGACAACGAGGAGGAUUUCGAGGCCGAACUCGAAGUGUUCGAGGUCGACUUCUGGGACUCCGACGUGGAGCUCGGGCGCACUAGGGUGGAUGAGAAGGAUGACGACAACGAGGUCGUCGAGAUCAAGUCCUUUGCCGCCGCCAAGAGUUCCCUCUCCCAAGGUUUUGAUGGUCCUUCAGCAAAAAGGAAGAGAAAGAGUCAAUUUAGGGGUAUUCGUCAGCGCCCCUGGGGUAAGUGGGCUGCUGAAAUCAGAGAUCCAAGCAAGGGUGCACGUGUUUGGCUUGGUACUUUCAACAGUGCUGAAGAAGCUGCAAGAGCUUACGAUGUUGAAGCACGCAGGAUCCGUGGCAACAAGGCCAAGGUUAACUUUCCAAAGGAACCAAUAGUUCCACAGAAGCGUGGUGCUCGCCCUGGUGCUCCUAAAGCACCAAAGCUAAGCGUGGCAUCGAAACCUUCUGUCAUGCCAUCAGUCAACAACCUUUCCAACCCAAAUGCUUUCAUCUACCCAUCUGCUAACUUUGCAUCAAACCAACCACUUGCUCUACCUGACAACCUGUCAUUUGUUCCUAUAAUGAACUCUGAUGGCCCUGUUGAAGCCUCUGUUAUGAAUCAGUACUCUGACCAGGGAAUCAACUCCUUUAGCUUCUCUGACUUGGAGUGGGAUUACAACACCAAGAAUCUAGAUAUACCAUCCAUUGCUCCAAUUUCUACCAUUACUGAAGGAGCAGAAUAUGCACUUGCCCAGAGUAACGCCUAUAACUCAGUUGUGAUUCCUGAAGGAGCUGAAUCUGCACUUGCCCAGAGUAACACCUACAACUUAGUGGUGCCUCAUGUUAUGGAGAACAAUGGUGUCGAUUUCGAUGCUUGGCCAAGGUUUCUUAUGGAUGAUGAAGUGGACGAGCCGAUUGAUAGCCUUCUGAAUUUUGAUGUACCUCAGGAUGUCGUUGUCAACAUGGACCUCUGGAGCUUCGAUGGCAUGCCCAUGUGUGGCGAAUUUUUAUAA